CCUUCUUAUUACCCGCCAUGCGGGUGCCUCAGCUAACAAACAUCUGCACCAUGUCAGCUGAUCGCGCGAGGGCAAGUUAAAGAGAAUCAAUCCUUUAUUUAGCCAUUCUCGUUCUUUUGACUCACAACGACCUAAACCCUAUUUCACCUAUCACACCAGUGGCCUAAAUCCACGUGAGACCCUGUUUCUUCUCCAUUGCUUUAGAUGCUCCUCAUAGUUAAUUUCCGAAUGUUUUUUCACCCGAUAAAAUCGGAAAACAAUCACUCUCAUCUCUAGUUUUAUUAUCGUUUCUAUACAAUCAACUAAGAUUUUUGUUCACGGUCCCGGUUCAGUUACAUGAAGCAUUCCCAAUACUGAAAGUAGGCUGUAAUAAUCUACUGACACAAACUUACCGCAUUUGAGGCUUGCUGAUCAUCUCCACAGCCCUAUCAUUGUGUUUUCUGUUAUCAUUCAGUAGGAUUGUUUUGUAAAAAUAAGAAAAUGAUAAUCUAGAUGCCCCAUUUGUGUAAUUGGUAACUGAUGCUACAAUUAAUAUUCAUAUCAGAAAUUUUGGCUGAAAUAUAUUGACCUGAUUUGGAUUCUGUCCUCCAUCAUCACUUCUUUCAAUUUGAUUGGUCUGCUAUAUCUAAAUGCAGAGUUCUUAGGUUUUAUAUUUUCAUAUCCAAAAGACUUUUGACAUCUUUACCUUGCAUUGCUUGGUUGUGUGAACUCCAAGAAGUUCAUUUUGCUGAAAGAUGGAGAGCUUGGCACACCUUGAAGCAAUGUGCGAGAGGCUUUACAACUCGCAGGAUUCUGCUGAACGAGCACACGCGGAGAACACUCUCAAAUGCUUCUCAAUAAGCAGUAGCUACAUCUCACAGUGCCAAUACAUUUUAGACAAUGCAUCGUCACCUUAUGCACUUAUUAUGGCUAGUUCAAGCCUGUUGAAGCAAGUGACAGAUUGCAACCUAUCUGUGCAGCUUCGGUUUGAUAUUCGAAACUAUACUAUAAACUACCUGGCCACAAGAGGACCUGAUUUGGAGUCUUUUGUAACUACAUCAUUAAUUCAACUUGUUUGCCGGGUUACAAAGUAUGGGUGGUUUGAAGAUGACAGUUUCAGAGAUGUGGUUAAGGAGUCAACAAACUUCUUAAAUCAGACACCAUUACAUUAUGCCAUUGGUUUGAAGAUACUGAAUCAACUGAUAUCUGAGAUGAAUCAGCCAAGUUCUGGGUUGCCACCAGCACAACAUCGUAGGGUGGCUUGCUCCUUUAGAGAUGAAUUGCUUCUUCAAAUAUUUCAAAUAUCCCUUACUUCGUUGUCACAGCUGAAGAAUGAUGCUGGCAGCAAGUUACAAGGACUGGCCAUUGCGCUAUCGCUAAAGUGUUUAUCUUAUGAUUUCAUGGGGAUAACGGUUGAUGAAACCUCAGAAGAUCUUAGCAACAUUCAGAUACCAGCCGCGUGGAAACAAGUCAUUGAAGAUCCAUCAACUGUAAAAAUAUUCUUCGAGUACUAUGAAAUUAAUGAAUCUAACUUCUCAAAGGAGGUUUUGGAGUGUUUGGUCCGCCUUACUUCUAUUAGAAGAUCCCUCUUCACACAUGAUGCUGCUAGGAUGAAGUACUUGUCACUCUUGAUGACAGGAACUAGAGAUAUUCUGCAAACAGGCAGAGGGCUCACACACCAUGAUAAUUACCACGAGUUUUGUCGUCUUCUUGGACGUUUUAAAGUAAACUACCAGAUCCAAGAGCUUGUACAUGCUGAAUGCUAUGGUGAUUGGAUACGUCUAGUGGCCGAAUUUACUAUGAAAUCUAUACAGUCAUGGCAGUGGGCCAGUCGCAGUGUUUACUACCUCCUAGGGCUCUGGUCUAGAUUGGUGUCAUCUCUACCAUAUUUGAAGGGAGACACUCCAAGCUUACUUAAUGAGUUUGUACCCGAGAUUGCGAAGUGUUAUAUCACAUCAAGAUUCGAUUCUUUUCAGGCUGGACUUCCUGAUCCCUCAGAGAAUCCCCUUGAUAAUGUGGAACUUUUACAGGAUCAGCUUGAGUGUCUUCCUUACCUUUGUAGAUUUCAGUAUGAGAGCUGUAGCUUAUAUAUUACACAGAUUACAGAUCCACUUCUACAGUUGUAUAUGGAAGCAAGUGAACUCCAAGUCAUUUCUGCGGUCGAAACUAAACUGGCUUGGAUAGUGCAUAUAGUUGCAGCUAUUGUUAAGACAAAGCAACUUAGUAGUUACAGUGGGGAAUCACACGAAAUUCAUGAUGCUGAGCUUUCAGCACGUGUUCUUCGGCUGAUAAACAUUGCCGAUAGUGGAUUACACACUCAGAGAUAUACUGAACCAAGCAAACAGCGGCUUGACAAGUCUAUUCUCAUCUUCUUUCAAAACUUUAAAAGUUCAUAUGUUGGAGAUCAAGCAAUUCAUUCAUCAAAGCAGUUAUAUGCUAAAUUGUCUGAACUUCUUGGGCUUCAUGAUCAUAUGCUGAUCUUGAAUUUCAUUGUGGGAAAGAUUGCGACCAAUCUUAAAUGCUACUUUGAGGGUGAUGAAGUUGUUGACCAGAGUUUAAAUCUCAUGCUGGAAAUGGCUUCUGGAUAUAUGACUGCAAAGCUUCUUUUGAAGUUGGAUACUACUCAGUUAAUCAUCUCUAACCGUAAUAGGGAACAGUUCCCCUUUUUAAGGGAUCACAGGGGUUCUCGCUGCAGAACAACCUUUUAUUACAUUUUAGGUUUGUUGAUCUUCAUGGAAGAUAGCCUUAUGAAAUUUAAAGCAUCAAUGGAUCCACUUCUACAGGUUUUCCUGAGUUUGGAAUCAAUACCCGAUUCAUUAUUCCGCUCUGAUGAUGUGAAACAAGCUUUAAUUGGACUGAUGAGAGAUCUUAGAGGAAUUGCAAUGGCUACUAGUAGUCGAAGGACCUAUGCUUUCCUAUUUGAUUGGCUAUAUCCAGCACAUAUGCCCCUUAUCUUGAAAGCCAUCACUGUAUGGGCUGAUGCUCCCGAGGUCACAACACCAAUACUCAAAUUUGUUGCUGAGUUUGUUCUGAACAAGUCCCAACGCCUAUGUUUUGAAACAUCAUCUGCCAAUGGAAUACUACUUUUCAGGGAAGUUAGCAAAUUGAUUGUUGUGUAUGGGUCGAGAUUGCUUUCUCUUCCCAGUCAGGUGGAUGUGUAUCAGUUCAAGUACAAGGGGAUAUGGAUUUCCCUUACUAUUCUUGUAAGAGCCCUUUGUGGUGACUAUGUCAACUUUGGAGUAUUUGAGAUAUAUGGGGAUAGAGCACUUGCUGAUGCUUUAGAAACUGCUCUGAGGAUGGUUUUGUCUAUUCCGUUGACUGAUAUACUUGUAUACAGAAAGCUGGCAGCAGCCUACUUCACAUUUCUGGAGGCUCUUAUGAAAACACAGAUUUCGUUCAUUUUGAAUUUGGAUACAAACAACUUCAUUUUUAUUGCUGGAUCUCUGGAGUCCGGUCUUAAAGUACUGGAUGGAAAUAUCAAGACACAGUGUGCAUCUGCUGUGGACUAUUUGGCGACUUUCUAUUUUGAAUGCAUAACAUCUGGAGAGUCACCUUCAUCUCCAGUCACUCUCAAACUCGCUCAGCAUUUCUCAGAUUGCCCUAAUAUUUUUCUUGAAAUAUUGAAGACCCUCUUUGAGCUUGUAUUGUUUGAAGAUUGUGUCAACCAGUGGAGUCUAAGCCGACCAAUGCUGAGUUUAAUACUUAUAAGUGAUGAGAUGUUCUCUAAUUUGAGGGCUCAGAUUACGGCUUCACAACAAGUGGAUCAGCAGCAGCGCCUCUCCCUGUGCUUCGAUAAACUAAUGGCUGAUAUAACUCGAAGCUUGGAUCCGAAGAACAGGGAGAAGUUCUCUAGCAAUAUAGCCAGAUUCCGUAAUGAAUUCCGGACCAGAUGAAUGACUUCAAUCCCAUAGUCUGUUUGCCACAAUUUGUACAUGAUGAUCUUUUAAUCUGUGCUUCUUUUGCUGUGUCUUUGUAUGCCACAAAUAUCUGUAUAGUUAUGGAUUAGGGUUUUUGUAGUAGUAUGCCCUGCCCUUUCACUUUAAUCAACUUAUUUCAUGGAAUUUGCUGUGCCCAUUUUUAUAUUAUGGUAACAAAAAGUGGUGGGAGGGUAGCAGUGCACACGGUCUAGUUUCGGACCAGAGCGGUUUCCAAUCGGGGUGAAACUUGAAUAGACCGGUUUGAUCCUUCUCGGAGGAACCCGGAACCAGAUCUGAGCCUGACCAGCAUAAUCAAUGCUAGGCCCCAAUUCUUAUUUUAGAAUGGAAUCAUGGAUCAAUCACCCCUUUGAUUUCGGUGCAUAUAGUGAUGGUCCUAGUUUGGUUCAGAACUGGGACCGCUUGAUUCAUACUUUCCUAAUUGCUGAAGUGAAAGAGAGAUGCAAUAUUGGGUUGAUGCUUGGUUUGAUGGUGAUGUACAUGCCAAUUUGCCACUUGGCCGGAGCUGCUUGCCCAACCCACUCAUAAAAGCUCUGAAAUAAUUGGGAAUGCAGAGUCAAAGGAGAAGAUUAGGUAAACGUUCACUGACGCAGACAUUAAAAUAGUCUACGGUCAACACCUCCCCCCACUUCACUUUCAUCAUACCUAUAAUUCUGUACAGGUGUUUGGACGGCAUUUCAUGAAUGGAUAGUUCAAACAAUGUCACAAACUAAAGCAAUGUCCUCUAGUAUCGAGACAGAAGAAUAAUAAUAUAAUAGUCUUUCAUUUUCUUUUUGUUGAAGUGUAUCACACAACUUUUUGUUAUGAAAAGUUCAUCAAUUUUAUCAUUUCAUUUACG